AUGAAUCAUCCCAUCAUAUUACUAUCCGCCAACCAAGUCACUCGAUUACUAUUUAAAUAUGAAUAUAUCAGACUACUGCAUGUGGGACCGUUGGCACUAUUAGCGCAUGUUAACAAUCAUUAUUGGGUUAUAAGGGGUCGGUGCAUAGCAAGAUCCACUGUAAGACACUGUAUUCAAUGUUUCAAAAUCAGUCCUAGAUUUGUAUCCACAUUUAUGGCACUGCUUCCACGUGAAAGAGUGACCGUCGCAAGACCUUUUGCACGGACCGGUGUCGAUUAUGGCCCGGUUAUGGUGCGGAGUGGAUUAACGAAAGUUAUUUCUCUGAAAAGUUACGUGUAUAUGUUCGUCUGUUUAGUAACUAGAGCAGUACAUCUAGAGUUAGUGUCUUUAUUUUCAGCAGAAGAUUUCAUUAGCACCUUAUCCAGGUUUAUGGUUCGCCGUGGGAAAUUUCGAGAAUUGUUCAGCGAUAAUGGUACCAACUCUGGCGGUGCAGAUCGAAUCCUGCAAACUCAUAUUCAGGAAUCCAAAAAUAGUACCAAAGUACACAACUUCUUAAGCAGCUAA